AUGCUGUCUUAUGAGAGCAUGACGGAGAGACAGCGCGAGUUUCUGGACCGGAUACGGAUUGGCGGCGCCGAAGCUCAAGCGAUUGCCGAAGCACUCAAAGUGAACACAAAAUUGACUUCGCUCAAUUUGUGGAGCAAUCAGCUUGGCGAGGCUGGAGCACAGGCGAUUGCUGUGGCACUCAAAGUGAACAAGACGUUGACUGCGCUCGAUCUGCAACUGAAUCAGUUAGGCGAUGCUGGAGCGCAGGCGAUUGCUGAGGCACUCAAGGUGAACACGACGCUGACUUGGCUCAGUCUGAAUGAUAAUCUCAUUGGCGAUGCUGGAGCGCAGGCGAUUGCUGAGGCACUCAAGGUGAACAAGACGGUGACGCUACUCGACCUUGACUAUAAUUGCAUUGGCAUUGUUGGUUCUCAAGCGAUCCAUGAGGCAUGCAAAGACAAAAGCGGAUUUCGCCGACUCCUCCACGAUCAGAUCAACCCUCUUGCGUUUUCCUUACUUCCACGAUUGGCGAGUGCUGAAGACAUCCAAGAAGUGCUCGGCAUGCUGACCAGCGGGUUGGAGCUGCAGAACCAGCCCCCAUCUCUUCCAGCGCUACCAACCGAGAUUGCCGAGCUCAUUAUGGACAAGGCGCAUUACUGGCAAGGCGUGCAGAAGACCUAUCGAUUGUGGACUGACGAGAGACCCAGUUCUCUCAAAGUCAGACUGCCUCAAGGAGAUUCAAUCCGUGUGAAAGCAAUUCAAGUUCUUCGUGACUGGAAGCGUCCCAAUAACAUCGGUGACUGUGCCUUCGAUUUGACUGUCCGAGAUGAAAAAGGUGCUGUUCACACUCCGACGACAGCCAAGCUGAUGCCUGACUAUCACGCCUGUGUUUGUGUUGGAUGUGUUGAUGAGAUGAUUGCGCGUCAAGACAAGUGCUUGAUCUGCCGCAACAUCCCGGCCUCGCAUUUCCAGGGUACUUUCAACCAGCUCCGUGGGCGGCCUUCGGUUGUGCGAACAGUCUGA